AUGCUGAGACCAAUCGGCAGCCAGGAUGAGAGGAAGGCAGGCAAAGGGAGCAGGAGGAGGCGGGUCCGUGUUGCCGUAGCAGCGGGACGCCGCGAGGCGGAUUUCCAGAGAAUGAGUCAAGCUGGUGAUGAAAGUUCCAGUUCCGAUGAAAAAGAAUUGGAAGUCGAAAAGGAGCAACCUAUCUGUGCUUUAGCUCCAACAGUAUAUACCCGAGAUGAAGGAUCCACUGAUGUAACAUCAAGUCCUGCGUUUCAGUGUUUAGAUGAGCUAUUUUCUGCUGGAAAACUUACUGGCUCCAGAGUAGCUGAGCUGAAGGCGAAGUACAACCUGCUGCAUGAAACUGUGAGAAGCUUACAGGAAUCUGAGAUCCAGCUGUUGCAGGAAGCCAAACGUCUUAGUGUAGACCUGGAACAACAGCAGCAUGAACUGGAAAAAGCAGAACAGUUCCCUGAAGAAUCUUCCAGUGAAGUCUGCCGAUUAAGGCAACAGCUUCUUAAUUGCCAAAAUGAGUACAACGUUAUUAAAGAAAGAGAGCAUGAAAUUCAGUCCAGGAUAAAAUGUUUGCAAGAAGAGAAAAGACUUCUGGAAAAAGACUAUGAAAGAAUUCCAAAGCAAGGUGAAACAGAUAAGAAAAUUAAAAAAAUGAAAGAAGAUUGUGAUGAGCUCCUCAAAGAAGUAAUCCAAAGGAAAGCAGAAGUUAACGCAAUGAAAGAAGACAUUUUAUCCAAGCAGAAGCUGACGAUAAUAGAUAAGAAAGAAGUGGAAAAGCUUCUGGAGGUCCAGGAUGGUUUAAAAGAUGAAUUAGUUAAGAUCCUUGGUGUUCCAGUGCAACUUAGAAAGGAAGCUGAGAAGAUGAAUCAGAAAAAAAUCGAUGCAGAGAAUCAAAAUGAAGACCUUAAUAACCAAAUGCAGGAGUUAAACUGUGCCCUGAAAGACAUUGACAAAGCGACAGAAAAUAUCUUGCAAGAAUCAGAAGAUGUAAUGAAGGAAUUGGAUGGAAAAAGAGCUUUGCAGGAGAGCAAAGAACAAGAAUGUGCUGCUUUGAUGAGAUUGCUAGAAAUUGGCAGAGAAAAGGAACUGGUGAUCCUGGUAGAGAGAGACUCUCUGAACCAUGCAUUAAAGGAACAAAUCCUUGAGAAAAAACAACAACGGGAAACUCUCAUUCACAUGCAAGUAGAGAAAUAUAAAGACCUGAGAAAUCUGAAAAAGAUGGAGCUACAGCUGAACACGAUUUAUGAGUCCUUGGAACAAGACAAGUCACAGCACAAAACACUGAAAUUAGAGGCAGAAGCUAUCCCUAAAAUUAAUGGAGUAUUACUAGAAAGAAGACGAGAACUGCAGAAGGAAAUUGAAAUGAAAAAGAGAUGUUUAGCUAAACAGGAGCUGGUAUCGGGUAUGGAUGCCCGCACGUUAGAGGAAUGUAUUGCUGAAGAAGGCCGGCUGUUCAAGGAGCAGGACAGAUGCCGCAGUGAGUUAUCCAGACUUGCACAGCUGACUUGGCUGAAAGUUGAAGAGAAGGAACAGAAAUCUAGGGAAGUUCAGAAAGUCCAGAUGCAACUUCAAAAUAUUAUUAAAGAAAUAAAAAGAAAGGAUCUUGAAAUAGAACAGUAUAAAAAGUGUAAAAGAAGAGUCCAGAAAGAACUCCAAGGAGUUGCUAAAAUGUGUGAUAUAAUCCAAAGUGAAAGGAAUAAAUGUAUACAUUUGGUGCAUGUUGCUCAGCAGAAAACAACUGAAAUUAAAGACCGGAUAAAAGUAAAAGCAAGUGAAAGAGAAACUUUAAGGAAUACUCUUAUAACCCAAGAAAGAGAACUGCAGAAACAACACAUGAAGAAUAAAAAUAACGUAGCAAUUACAGAGAGUCUCAAAAAUGAUUGCUCCAAAGUCCUACAAGUCAUGUAUGAAAUGAACGAAAAGAAAAAGCAGCAGGUUUUGGAUCUUGACAGACUGACCAAUAAUGUUAUCCGCGUUGAAGAGGAAAUUGCACAACUGCACAGAAAGUACGAAAGAGCCAUUGAGGAACAAAACGAGAGUGGCCUUCUGCUUAGAAGUCGAGAAGAAGAAAUAUGUAUUUUAUAUGAAAAAAUAAAUGUACAAGAGUUUUUGUGUAGAAAAGGAGAUAUUGAGAUGCAAGCUAUGGAUGAAAAAAUCAGUUUUCUGAAGAUGAAGGUGGCUGAGAAAGAGAGACAGAUUAAAUUCUGGCUCAAAGCACUCCCAAUGAAGAGAGCCCUGGACGCAGAGUUGGUCAUACUUCAGAUACAGUAUUCCCAGUGCAAGGACAGGAUUAAAGAGAUGGAGGAAAUGUUUGUUGACCCCAUGAAUGAGAGCAGAAAGCGAGACCUGGGAGGGAAGGACCCGUCUCCACCUGAACUGCAGAAGAAGAUCGAACAGCUGGAGGUGGAGCUGGUACAGAAGGAGGAGAAGCUGCUGGAGACAGACCUGAUCUACGAACACGUUGCCCGGCUCACAGACAAGAUCCGUGCCACAGCAGAGAACGGGAAGCAGGGCACGCUGCUGUUAGCAACAAGGAUAAAUGAACUACAGAAGAAGAUAAAAGACAGGACCCAGAAGAUGAUGGCUCUUGUGGCAGAGUUAUCCAUGAAGCAAGCACUUGCCAUUAAACUCCAGCAGGAAAUGAGAGACAGAGAAGAGUUUUUGAUGAUUGUUUCAUCAAGGAUAGAUCAAGGCCUUCCUCCUCCUAAAGAGACAGAGAUUGAAUGGUUGAAGGUUUUACGCGAUGAGAAGAUGCACAAAGAAGCAGCAGAGGCCAGAGCUAGACAGGCUGCAGAAGAGGAACAAGCUGCAGUGCCCGGCCAUGUCCUCACAACAGCUGAACCACGGCCAACUGCUUAUGUCCCAGACGAUGCAUACAGCCUGCCAGUGCCACGGCCCUAUGGCGCUUUGGCUCCUUUCAAGCCAAGCGAACCCGGUUCAAAUAUGAGACAUUUCAGAAAACCAAUUAUAAAGCCAAUUGAAAUCUGAGAAGACAGCACCAGGAGGAAGAGAAACCCUUACCAGUUGCUGAGUAUCACAAGUCAAUAGCAUUCAGACUACAUGAAAUGCCCAUUAGAGUAUAGCCAACUUCCACACGGUAAACAAAGUAGUACUUAAUGCCAGAAGCACAGCUAAAUACUCAGUGAUACAAGUUCCUUCCUUCUGACUAGGUGGAGCCUGGUAUGCCAAAUGCACUGCAGUAUUUUAAAAUGAGUAAUUAUCAUACCACACUUUUGUUUUUUCAGGUCAAGUUUUAUUGCAUCUAUUUUACAGCACAUUUCAUUAAAAAGAAUAAGGUAGAAGAUCUUCUCUGGUUAUCAAUAGCACACGAAUGAAGUCUCCACAUAUUACACAAAUACACCACCACAGCUUUCCACAGUCCAAGACUGAAAAAAAUUAUUCAACUGACAAAAAUUUAUGUCACUGUUCAAAAUAGGAAAAAGUGCACACCAAAAACUAAACCCACUUCAAUUAUUCAUAAAUAAUAGUUGAAAAUGAGGAGAAAACAACCUCCAGCAGUUCUUCCUGAAGCUGAGUUUUGAACCAUAAUACUAAAAGUUAGAAGAAAAAAAUUCAGUAAAACUCAUUCCAUGCUGCUGUGAAGAUACAUUUCCAAAGAAUUUUCUUCUUGUCCUGCAUUGCAUUCAAUAUAUUAUAAGCAUCUUAAAAAAA